AUGUCGCCGCGCAUCUUCUUCCUCCUCCUCUUCUCGCUCCUGGCUCGUCCCCGCGCCGGGGACGCGGACAGUUACCGGUCCGGCCGGCAAGACUUCGCCGUGGACCUGGAGGACGCGGUCCAGGCAGGCGCGGCCCUGUUGGACGUCGUGCAAGAGAGCGACUGCCGGGCUGCAUGCGGCGCGCUCCCGCGAUGCGACGUCGCGCAGACGGACGGCAACCUGACGUGCGCGCUCAUCGACUGCGAGCACAGGGGCAGGUUCGUGUGCCGCUUCCUCCGCAGACCCCAGUUCCGAAUUGACGUCCGGGAGGAACAGUAUCGGAAGUAUUUGGAAGGACCGCCGGAAAAAGACGAGCCGGCGCCGCCCAUCGCCGUGCCGGGUCGGGACCAGGUGGUGCGACCCGGAGCCACGGUGACGCUCAACGGUAUCCAGAGUUUGGCACUCGGCGACGCCUCUAUCACUGACUACAAUUGGACGCUACAAAGCGGGAACGCCAACGUCGUCAUGGAGAAGACGCCGCUGUCCGACCAGGUGCUACUGUCAAACCUGGAGGCAGGACGGUACCUCUUCCGCCUCACCGUCACUGACUCCAACAGGCGUUCACAUGCCGCUGACGUCCAAGUUCUGGUCCUGGACGGCCACGAGUCCGCACGUUACUGCUUGUCCGAGGCCAAGACUGGGCCCUGCCGCGCCGCCUUCCCGCGCUGGCAUUACGACGCCGACUUGCAGCGAUGUAGGCAAUUCGUCUUCGGAGGAUGUAAAGGAAAUCUCAACAACUUCCUGUCAGAGAAGGAGUGCGAGCGGGCCUGCGACGGAGUCACGCCGAUAUCGUCGGAACUCCAGCGCGUCGCCCUUCCAGCAGGCAAGGUGUGCGGCUUUGCUUGCGGUGCCAGUCAGCUGAGUUGCGACGGCGACUGCUGCCUGGACAGAAGUCUGGAAUGCGACGGCGUGGCGCAGUGUGCCGACCGCACCGAUGAGGAGCACUGCACUAGACUCAAUCGGACCUUCUCCCGUCUUCUGGAUCUGGAUGUCGACCAGAGAAAAGCCCGCUGUGCCGAGCCCCCCCAGACGGGCCCUUGCCGGGCAAGCCACGCGCGCUGGUACUACGACCCGCUCGAGACGCGUUGCCGGCGCUUCACGUACGGCGGCUGCUACGGGAACGACAACAACUUUGCCGAGGAGACGCAAUGCGACGCCGCCUGCCACGGCGUCACGGAGCGGGAUGUGUUCGCCCGAGGGCCCUUCGAACGCUUCGAGGAGAGACGAGACGAGGAAAGCGGCUCGGGAACGGCGGCGGUGGCGGUGAUUCUGGCCGUGGCCAUCGCGGCCGCCCUCGCCGUUCUGGGCUACUGCUUUCUGAAGAACCGGAAGAAGAAGCGCGAGGCGGCCGAAGCCCGAGCGGCCCGCCAGGUCACGUCGGAACAGGAUACCUUGGUGUACAACAGUACCACCAAACCUUUAUGA